GUUGGCGAUGUUGCGGUGCACGAACGCGUCGCCGGGCUCGAGGCCCGUGAUCUGCUCCGCGGGGAUCCGCGAGUCGCUGCACCCGAUCCACAGGUACUCGGGGUUCUGCCCCGCCGACAGCUUGACGAAGAAGUCCGGGUCCGCCGCCUUCUUGUUGGCCGCCCACGCGCGGUUGUGCUCGAAGCAGCGGUCGUGCGUCUGCUGCAGAUAGUCCUUGACGUCCUUUUCGGCCAUGGUGCGCCAAUUGCCAGCGCCGAUCUUGGUGUUGUUGCUACGGGUGGCAGUGGUAGGCUUGAAAGCCGAUGACGAGCUUUGUCUGAUAACGGCGGGUGAGGAGAGUGUUCGGCGGGAUAUAGACCUCAGCAGUGUUGCACCAACACGCGAAUUGAGCAUCGCUCUCACAAUGUUCGGAUUCCCUCUGCAGCUGGUGGCGAGCAAAUUUCUACUCACAACAACAAGCUUGACAUCAUACGGAUAAAUGCUCAGCGAAUGGAAGCUUCAAGACGGAUCGACAGCGCGAAAAUCUUAGCGCGGCGGGCGCGGCUUGGCGGACGUCGACGUAUAGUACAACCCUAACCCUUCCUCUAGUGUUGCCUUGAGGUUGAUCUUGCAAGUCAUGGACAUUCCGAGGGCAAGAGUUUGAUAGUAUUGAUAAUAUCCGGAUUGUCAUGUUGAUAAUACGUGAAGCUACUCUAUGGAUAGCC